UAUUAUAUGCUGUUUUCUUUUUAUGUAAUUUAUUUGUAAAAGGCCUAUACUUGCAUGGUAAUGUCAAUAAUAUACAUCAGCUAGCUCAUACGUAUAGUGGUCGAGCAUAACUGGUUUGCCACGACACCGUAAAUACAAAUUUACACAAGCAGUUUUCAUUCAUUGAACCAUAAAAUGAGUUUUGGUGGACAAAAUGUUUCCAAGGUAACACUGAAGAACUUUGAAAGUCAGGGUGAAAUUGAUGAGAAAAAACGUCAGAGACAGGAGGAAUGGGAGAAAGUGAGAAAGGCUGAUGACCCUCUCGAAUGUCCUGAGGAAGAAAAGCGAUCCUUGUUCGAACAGCUUCAGGCCGCCAAAGACGCAAAGGAGCAAGAAUAUGAAGAUGAACACAGAUUGAGAAAUUCUGUUAAGGGUUUGGAAGAAGAUGAAGUUGGUUUUCUGAACUUUGUUUCAAAGCGUCAAAUGGAGAUCGAGAAAGAGAGAAAAAGUGAAGAGGAUAGUGUGCUGAGAGAAAUGAGAGAGGCUGCUGUUACCAUAACAUCCGCCGCGACUUCAAAACCUGACGUUAAAGAGAAAUCUCCAUCCAGACCAUCAUGCAGUGGGGCAUCUCGGAAGUCCCAGCAGUCACUGCUGUGUGGGGCAGUCAAGAGGAAACGGUGUGUGUGUCAGCUUCUCCAGACCGCAAACAAAAGGACAGGCCAAGUGAAGAAGAAAAAGAAGAGAAAGAAGAAAGUGAAACCACAGAGUGUACCAAUUCUAGCUCGUCGCAAUCGAAAGGCGUAGCUCGGGUUAUUGGCAUCCUGCCAGGUAUUGGCGAGUACUCGGGAGCCAGCUCAGACACCACGUCGAGCAGUGAAUCAGAUCUCGAAGACUUUUUCCCACAGAAAACUGUCAUACGCAAAGUGCACGUUGUUGAGAGUAACCACUAGGACAUAAUAAACAUGUUCUAAAAACA